AUUUUGUAAUAGUUUCCUAGUUUCUAGGUAAUAGCAUUCUUGUAUAAAAAUUUAAUAUUUUAAUAAUAAUUUUCUAAUAUGCAGAAUAUAUUUCAGAUUUUAAUAAAUAAACUUUGAGAUUAAAGAUGCUAUUAAGAUUCAAGAAAGAUAAGGACAAACUCGUUGCAAUUGUAUAGUUCAUAAGUUUACAAUUUUUUGUAUUUUUAGAUAAAAAAGAUAUUUCAAUGUUGCUGCAAGCUUGUCGUAACAUUGCUGAAAUAUUUUGCAACUUCCAUGCGACAAUGUUUCAAAUAAGGUUUAUGCAAUGUUUCUGCAAUCUUUCAGUGCUGCAUGGGUGUUUUAUACUUAAUCAAUGUCGCACGCAUACAUACAAUCUUUUUUUCAGAUAUACCGUUCUCUUAUAUUAAAAUACCUAGCCUCAUUAUGCAGUAAAGCAUAACAAUAUUCCUCCAUGUAAUCUCGAGCCCAAUUACUACUUCUCUCAUAAGUACAAAGUCUCUUUGAUACGCAGCACAUGUCACGAGUUGAAGAAGAGUUGCAAAAGCUGAUAAUUUUCUUUUUCUUUCAUUUUUGUAUUCAAUUGCAGGAGUCAGUUAUUAUCAACUUUAAUUCUGGAAAAGAAUUUAUAAUAAGGAUUUUAUUGAUUUCUUUGAAAUCAAUAAAAAAAAUCUGAAAAUAAUCGCGUUCAAUCGAUAAAACAGAAUAUUCAGCAUCGCUUUAACGGUCUUUAAUAGCAUCUUUAGUUAGUGACACACUCGUACUCGUUAGUGAUGCAAUCAUACUGAUCAAUUAACAUGACGAAUUUGAAUAUUCCCGCGAAUGUGACGCAUGCAGGUGUACCAACACAUCGGAUUGAGAUACAUGUAUGUACACUACAUGCAUGUUGCAUCAUAUUGCGCACCAUGUCCCGAAAUCAGUGUCGCGAAUCUCGUUUUUAAAGUGAAGACCCCGCACGCAUACACAUGUCACGUCGUAAAAUCAAAUCAUCGGCCCGGGAAAUGACAAUCCGUGAAUUGCACCCUACAUAAAUCUUAUUUGCGUAUACAUCGUGUAUGAACAUCAGCUCCUACUGUGGCGGCGUGCGCGACCGCGCUUUGUCGUUGCCAUCAUUGUUGUUUCGUUGUUGUUGAUUCCAUGUAAGCUCAGUUGGUCAAAAUGGCGUGAACCGACCGCGCGUUUUUAAGGUUAUCUUCGCUCGUGGCGGAUUUAACCGCGCGGAAGAACUACGUAUACACGACAUCCGUAUCUGUGUCUUUUUUGUAUAAGUGCGUUUUACGUUUGCACAUUUGCACGUUACAUCUACGUUUUCUGUGCUGUGAGUUACAUGAAUUAUGAGGACGGAAUGCCCGCAGGCGGUAACAGUCGUAUCCGCGAUUAUUACCCAGCGCGGAUGUCCGAACGGCAACAGCUCGCGCUAGUUUUACAAAUGACUUCUCAGGAAAUGAUAUCAGGUGGAAACCGUCCUGAAACUACGAGUGUAACAAAUACCUCUACAAGACCAGCAUUGCAACAACAACGCGGGGCAAAAGGUCGCUGGUCCAAUAAAAAUGGAGAAUCGCCCGUCCAGGCAAUAAUUAAUCGCAAAGAGGAUUUCCGAGUACGGCAAGUGCUUGUGAAUGGCUAUGAUACAAAUGAUGCAACUAAGGAAAUAAAUGGUCCAUUAUUAGCGGCAGCGGUUAUUGCUUUAACUGGACAAGUUUUACGUUUUGCUUCACCGAAGUUCGGUCAAUUAGUUGCUGAAGAAGCAACACGACGUGGGAAGUUAAGAGAAGCACAUGCUCGUAUCAGUGCACAUGCAGAAGAAAUUGCAUUCUAUGGGGGUCACGAUACAGAAUAUCGUUAUCUGAACUCCGCUUACAAGUCUUUAGUAACGCAUUUGCAUCGUAUUCUCGCUGUCAAACUGUGGUAUGUGAUGCUGGAACAGUUCCUCAUGAAAUACGUGUGGUCUGGCACAGGACUUCUCGUUAUUGCAAUGCCAUUGCUUUAUAAUACAGUUGUAUCAUCGGACAAUGGGAUGAUUAAUGCAGAUGGCGAUGGUGGUGUGAGUGAACGAACGAGAUAUUUGACCACUUCAAAAAAUCUUUUAAGCUCUGGAGCAGAUGCUGUUGAACGACUUAUGUCAUCUUAUAAAGAAUUAGUCGCGUUGGCAGGGUAUGCAGCACGUGUCAGCGAAAUGUUAGACGUGUUUAAAGAUGCUGCGCUCUGCAAGUAUAAGAGGAACAUAGUCACCAGUGGCCCAUCUAGAUCUUUUCCGAACGGUAACACUCAACAACUCGCGGAAAAAGUAAUCGAAUUUAAUAAUGGUACUCCAAUAAUAAAAGGAAUUGUUCGCGAAAGUACGGAUGGCAGUAUAAGUUUAGUUAACGUGCCGAUAGUCACGCCUAAUUGCGAAAUAAUUGUACCUAACUUAACAGUUCACAUAAAGCCAGGUGACCAUCUUCUAAUCACUGGACCCAAUGGCUGCGGUAAAAGCUCUCUUUUCCGUGUCAUUUCCGGUCUCUGGCCCGUUUACGAUGGAACUCUUAUCAGACCAGCUGAAAGAAAUUCUUCCGAGCAUGGCAGACCUGCUUUAUUUUAUAUCCCACAGAAGCCAUAUAUGACAGUGGGUUGCCUUCGAGAUCAAAUCAUCUAUCCAGCGCAUUCCAGGUCAGAAAAUUGCUCGGAUAAAAAGUUGCUGCAAUUACUGGAUGAUGUAGAUCUGCGUAGUAUCGUGGAAAGAGAACCGGAAGGUUUUGAUGCUCUUGGCGAUUGGGACUCUACUUUAUCAGGUGGCGAGAAACAACGACUCGCAAUGACUCGACUUUUAUAUCACGCUCCACAAUAUGCUUUAUUAGACGAAUGUACAAGUGCUGUUAGCCUCGAAGCUGAAGGAAUAAUGUACGAAACCGCAAAGAAGAAAGGAAUUACUCUGUUGACCAUCACUCAUCGAGUGGCAUCACUCGCUAAAUAUCACAAAUUAUUAUUGAAAUUCGAUGGUGAAGGUGGCUGGACCUUUGGUCCACUGAAUAUAGACGGAUUACCAAUAUUACCGAAUCAGGGUACUAAUGAACAAACAGAACGAGAGAAAGCAAAGACUAGCCACUAUCAUAUGUUACAUGAGCUGAGUGAUAUACAUCCUGAAAAUACUUAUGUGGGAAUCAGUUGAAAAGUAGUCUAUGGAAUUUGAACCAAUUGUAGUAAUUGUCGUUAUAUCGAGUCUAAUACUCUACAAUGACCAAUUGGUUCAACGGCAUCAGAGUAGUUCAUUAUAAAAAAUAAAAUAAAAAAAUUAAGAAAUAAUAAAAAUAGUGAAAUAGAAGUAUGAUAUAAUAUUGUUGCGCUCUGUCGUCGAGCUAUCACUCGCGUGCCGUACUCACUCUGCACUCGCGCAAACACGACCGAAAUAAAGGAGACGAGACGUUUAAUAAAAGAACUCUCUUUAAUACAGCAACAGAAAUACAAGCGCUCGCUAUCAGCGUAGCACGUCCGAAUUGGUUGACGGCUCGUCGAGAAUUUCUACAGAUCGUGUUUUUAACAAACGCGCGCCGCGUUGUGCGGAAAACACUUCGCAGCUUUCAGGCUAAAGCUACGUGCACAUACGGGUCGGCUCAGCCGAGGGCAUAACAAUAUGAAAAAAUAUAUGAAUAUGUAGGAAAAAUAAAAAGAAAAUCAUAGAGCCAAUUAAGAAUAUUCAUAGACAACCGGAAUAAAUAUGAAGAAUGGUGGAACGUUGUGGCAUAGCACUUUAAGUGCUAGGAGUGAAAACGAAAGAUCCUAAUAUUUAAAUCAGAGUCAACGCUUUUACUUUUUCCAAAGUUAUCGCUAAUAUUUUGUAUUUGUAAUUAAGUCGCUUGGUUCCAUUCAAAUCAUAUCUUCCUACGAUCUUAAAAACUCACAAUAUAAAACAUGAAAAAAA